AAAUCGAGAGGACAUCGACAAUCAUUUACAUUGUAUAUUACGAGCUUGCAACCCCUUUAAACUUCAAAUCAAUCAAUCAAAUCACAAUCGCAUUUAAAAUCAAUGUGAUUGCGAAUAUUUCGUGUCGAUGGGUCACUGUCUGAUUGGAAAUUAUUAAAAAGUAAUUUACACGUUGGUUCGAGUUCAGUGCUGUGUUUGAUAACAACAAUUUUCUUUAAAAAAAUUCGUCACCAUGGCUACCAACGGAGUUAAGGGCGAAAUGGUGAGAAGGUUUAGUAAUUCAUUAUGUAUCCAGCCUAGCAGCUGCGGUUCUGCCUGUGCCGUCAAAUGUUGGAAAUGGGACGUCAAUCAGAUCAUCAUGAAUAGGACCUUGAACAACAUGAUGUAUGGCAUCCUUAUCUUGAAUCGCCCAAUCCCACAAAAUCCAGGAUUUAUGAAGCGCCUGUGGAACAAAGCUGCUAUCAGGAUGACUGUAGAUGGCGGCACUAAACAGUGGGAUAAGUUCCUGGGUGGCCUGCCAGACGAGUUAAAGAAAAACAUCAAGGAUCCAGACCUCAUCUCAGGAGAUUUUGACUCUAUUACCGAUGAAAUAUUAGAAAAAUAUAGAAAUAAAGGUUGUAAGAUUAUCCACACUCCCGAUCAAAACUACACUGACUUCACAAAGGCGUUGAUUGAACUGAACAUUCACACUAAGCGGGUUGGCAUGGAGCUGUCUCACGUGAUAGCAGUGGGCCAAACAUCUGGUCGCUUGGACCAGAUCAUUGCCAACAUCCAGACCUUGUACCUAGUCAAGGAACGAUUCCUCUUGAAUCCAGAAACUAAUGUGUUUCUAAUGUCUGAUGACUCCAUAUCGUGGCUCCUGUACCCCGGAGACCAUGUCAUUUAUGUGCCAGAAGAGACUAGGCAGCACAAGAGAGCUUGGUGCUCUUUAGUGCCUAUUGGAGAAACCUGCCAGUAUGUUACUUCUACUGGAUUAAAAUGGAACCUUGAUAACCAACCUCUGCGGUUUGGUGGAAUCGUAAGCACGUCCAAUACCUUCGAUGGUUCACAGAAGGUCACAAUAAAAUGCAGCCACACUCUACUAUGGUCGAUGAAAGUACCCGUUAUUACAAUGUCAUAAAUGGAAAACGUAUCGGACAAUUUUGUAUUAACUGUAGGAGAAAUAUUCCACAGGUUUGGUGUCUAUAAACUGCUAAUGUAAUACAGCAGUCAUAUUAACUUUUUAUACUGUCAAUUUUGUAUCUUCCUACUACUAGUGUAAUUAUGUAGGUAAAUAUAAACGUGCCAAGUGCAUUAUACUCUUUACUUAGGGUUUAUCAUCACAAACUGUUUAAAUUUAAUCAUUUCCAACAACAGACAUCAUGGUUACUGAAUGAAAUCAUUCUCGCACUUGUUUUAACACCCUUAAUGACUAUUUUUGUGAUUGCCAGAGGGCGCCACUGCAGCUUAAAGUCUUGUUAGUUUGAUGACAGUUGUGAGAAUUAUACUGAAAUAAAAAAUAUUUUAGUUUUUUACAGAUUUUAUGUGAUACCAGUGACGUGAAAUCCUUCUUUGCUAUUAUAUGCUCUUGAUUAUCUAGAAGCAAAAAUCUGUAACUAGUUAAAGGAGUUUGUAGAAAAACCUAUGAAGAUAGUCCAUACCAAAAAGGUUAUAUUAUUAUACUGUGGUUUAUAACAAUAUACUCCUAAGUUAUAUCACAACGCUCAUUCCAUUUAAAAUGUAGGUGCUUCCGUACCUACAUUUAAAAAGUAGGUACUUAACUACAUUGUCAGCCGUGGAAUAAAAUGUUUUAGUACAAUAUAUUAUAGAAUGUUAGUUUACGGCCCAUUUCCAGUUUGUAACUAAGGGAACAGAACUCACUGUUUCUGUCAUUUAGGUUGAUUUUGGUUUAAACUCAUGUGCAGAGCAGAGUGUCUACAGCAGCUACUUUGCGGCGCAUCUUCAUAGCAAAUCUACAUAACUUAGUAUCAGUAGAAACGGCGACAUAGUUUCACAGCUUAGAUAUUACAUCCUCACAGCAAAGCUACAUAGCACAUCUCUGGUGGAAAAGCACCCAUUUGUCCAUGUAUAUUAUAAUAUCUACUUAGUUUUCAUAGGCCCAUUGAUCUCCCAUUUAUUUUAUUUCACGGCUGAUGACGUAACCUUGGCGUAGAGUGAACUUCUAUAGAAUAGUAGAAUAAAUUGUCAAGUUUGUCGUGGGAACGAUAUUAAAACAUCCACUUAUUGUAUUGUAUACGUAAUUUAACGAAUGGAUGUCGGUGUUUUGUAUAAUUAUUAAGUUUUUUUUUUAUAUAAUUUAUGAUCUGAUAGCUAUGCAAUGGUUUUAAUUUUGUCUAAAAUGCGGAUAUUGUAUAAUUUACUGUGUAAUGUAGACAUAUUUUGAGACAAUGGUUAUUAUUAGUUGAAACUGUUUUGUUAGUUGCGUUUAUUUAUAAGUUUAUAACACCAGGCGAUAAAUUUUGUCCACUACAUGUUUGUGCAUCACACCUGUAUUUGUACCUAAUUUACACACAAACAGAAAGUAUUAAUUUUGUGAUAGUAAAUAAUAGUAUAGAUAUGUGUAGUUUUAUAACUAACCAAAGCAUUAAUUUAUACUCCAAUUUAUUUAACAUACUUAACAAUACCUAAGUCCAAUUAGGGCGACAUGAGUGUUUGAAUCCUUAAUCGAUUUUUAAUAUUCAUGAUUGAGGUGUUUCGUUUGUUGUGUUGUGGAAAGAACUCCAUUUUUGUGAAUGAAUAGUUUUAUAUUUUUCCAUUUGGUUUGAUGGUGACGGAGUAGAAUUUGUCACCACUCCGCCGAUGACUACUUAUUUUAAUUUAAAUCUCCAACUCGCUUGCUCUUCUUUUGUAGAGGAGUCCCAUCGUUUGGAUCUGAAUUUCAUGGGUUGUUGUUGAUGAUGAUAUUUUUCUGGAUUAUUGGAGACAAGCUUCUACGAACAACUUUAAGACUAUCCUAUCAUCCAAUUCAGCUCAUUUUCUGUCCGUAUGCCAAAUUUAAUCAAAAUUCGUUUAGUAAUUGCAGCGUAAUUGACGGACAAACAUCCAUACAAACUUUCACGUUUUUCAAGUUUAGUGCGAUAGGACCAUGACAAUAAAUACUUUUUUAAAGUCUACAAUGAAUAGAAAAGACAAAAGAUUUUCUUCUUUUUUACUUUUACUAUUUUCUUUGUGUGUAUAAAGAUAACAGAUAACACAAUACUGUUGUAUGUAUGUUAUAAAAAAAGUUGUCGCCUGGUGUUGCCAGUUAAUAAUUAAUUUCAUUCUACCUCGCAUGUUGUUAAUUAUUGUUCCUUGUUUAUUUUUAUGUUAGUUUUAGUACAAUUUGUUAAAUGUUUUUAUUGAUUAGUUUGGAAUGGAAUAGUUCAACCAAUUGUGGAAGCCCGUUUUAGGGAUUAAUGUGAUAGUUGUGCCCACCCCCUGACAUUUUGUAGGUAAUAGAUACUCAGUUACUUUCUUAGCUUCUGUGCUCAUAAUUACAAAUCAGCAAGUUACCAACCAUUUAUUCAAUACUAUUAGACCAUAUAUACGGUCGAAUUGAGAAACCUCUCUUUUUUGAAGUCUUUUAGAAAAUAAACGGUGUUAAUAGAUUUUUACAGUAGCUCAUAUUAUUAUCAACAAUGUAAUCAAUACUAUAAAUUUUGUAAUUUGUAAUACUAUUUAUGAAGGUAUGUGUAUCAGGUAACGAUAGGAGUAGAGUGAGGCUCUAACGUGUAACUUAUAUAUUUAAUAUUUUAUCUAUGAAUCAGACAUGUAUACAAACUAUAAUUUUUAUAUAUAUGUAUGUAUAAUCCGUAUGAAGUGAUGUGCGCUUAGUUUAAAAAUAACUAAAUUACUGAACAUUGUUUUGCAGUUUCCCUUUUUAGUUUUUUGAUAUACAAACCAUGACGUGAACUUUAUUCUUCUGAGAGUAUAAGAGAAAACUAUUUUAGUUUAAACUAAAAUUUGUUUAUUUUAGUAUAAACUAAAAUAAGUUACCUACUCGGUUUUUGAAUCAGAUACGCGAAAGUCAAUGUUAUUACUUAUUAUUCAUCUAUUUGUUUAUACUAAAAUGGAACAUUGAUAUAUUUUUUAAAGUCAACCUAAGCACACAUUGCUUUCGAUGAUCGGGAUCGAUGUAUUUAGUAUCACAAUUUAUUCAUCCGCUAUUUCUUUGGGUGGAUUUUAUAAACUUUUUGUACUCGUAUAUUUAUCCAAUUUAUAAAAAAAAAAACUGUCUACUAGUGAACAGAUUCUUAGAAGAAAAAUGUUGUCUGGAACAAAGUAAUUAUAUUAUGUUUUUAAAUCAAUAUACAUAAUAUACUGUUCCAAACUCUAUUUUUCCCAUCACAAACGAAUCAAUCGACAUUUAGAUAAAGAGAAUCAUAAUAUUUGAUUUAUGUAUUUUUUAAAAUUUUUAUCAUUUAAAACUUUUCUAUGUAUUUAUAUUUAUGUACUUAUUACCAAUAAAAUUUACACAUUUUAGAGAA